UAUCUGGUGACAUUUUUGUUCUUUUCGCCUGGGAUAACCAGCCUACCUUCACUUUUUCUAUGUACUGGCGCCUGCGCGUAGACGGGAAUCGAACCUCGGAGCCCCCAAGUUCCCCGCAUGCGCGCGCUUCUCCGUUUGAAAAGACACGAGGCCGGAAGUAGCGUCGCCGGCGCGCGUGGUGCUGUUGUUGCUGCUGCGCGUAGUGGCUGGUGGAGCGGAGGUGUUAGAAAUGGAUGACCUCUCGGCCUCGGCGAUUAACAGCGACUCCGGUGUCGCGGGGUGGAAAGUGAUGGAACAGCUACAGACGUUGAGCGUCGCUUCCAAGGCGGGUCCUGAGGGACGCUCCGGCUCGGCCGGGACCAGCCCACUGGGGUUUGCUCUGAAGGAAGGCGAGGAAGGAGCCUCGCUUCCCCCUGAGGGUCGGCCAGCGGAGGCCUCCGGGGCUCCAUCGGGGCUACCUGCGGAGGUGGGGCCCGCUUGGGCCGGCCCUCACGGAGACGACGCUAAAGAAGGAGCCGCGCAACCUGGCUCUUAUCCUGACCUGGUGGGGCCUCCCGCCGCCGAGAACUCCAGCGCUAGGGAUACCACCGUGGAAGGUGAACUGCCUCCGUUUGUAAAUGGCUCCCCGUCCUCCUCUGGCGGCUGUCCGUGCCCGGCUUCUAACCUUGAAACAGGAGAGGAGUCAGGCUCUAGGCCGGACGGGAAACCUCGCCACUACCCGGAGGCACCCGCUGAAGGAGAAAAUAGUCAACCCCACCCCGGCGAGGCAAUGAAUGAGAAGCCUUUCCAAAGCUCUCCCUCUUGCCCUCGGGAUUUUAUUGGUGACCCCAAGAACGGAGGAAUAGAUUGCACAGAGGGAGAAGGCCGGCCACCGGCGUCAAGUCCAGCGGUUUUAGGAAGCGAGAAGGACUCGAUGGUAAUCGACAGGAGCGGCGGCAGGAGGUCCUCGGAAGCGAAUUCUGAGACCGAAAGUGAUACAGAUACAGACAGUUCAUCUUCUGUCUCCUCGUCUUCCUGUCUUCCAAUGCUGUCUGAAGAUGAUGAUCAGCAAUCUAAGAAUGAAAAUAACUCUUCCACUAUUAGAAGAAAAGGUGAAUUGUGUGAAGAGACACCUCCUAUUGAAGAUUUUACCAUAAUUCUACCUGAAUCAGUUGAACUUAUGUCUUUUGGAAAAGUUUCCAGCAUCAUUGAGUGCCUAGUAAUAAUAGAGUCACAGAAAGGGCUGCCUCCAGUGAAUGAAGACACUGUGCUUUUCAAAGAAGAUCAUCAUUCAGUGGGAAAGGUCUUUGAGGUAUUUGGCCCUGUGUCGCAUCCCUUUUAUGUGCUACGAUUUAACAAUCCUGAGCAUAUUGAAUCGAAAGGUAUUAAAAUGCAUGAUGCUGUGUACUUUGCUCCAUCGAUUGAAAGCUUCACCCAGUAUAUAUUUCCAGAAAAACUAAAACGAGAGAGAGGAUCUGAUGCAUCAUGGAAAAAUGAUGAAGAACCACCACCUGAGGCUUUAGAUUAUAGUGAUGAUGAGAAAGAGAGAACAGCAAAGCAGCAAAAGAAAUCACAAAUUUUAAGAAGAAAGAAGUGCCGAACACAACAAGAUGAUUCUAAUAAGAAUGAAGUUCAUUACCAGCCCAGAAGACAAUGUUCUUCGGAUUAUUCAAGUGGAUAUUGCAGGAGACAACCUAAUUCCAGCUUUGAGAGAAGUAGAUUUCGUCAUUCAUCUGCUUCUCCAUGUUCCUUCAGACAGUAUAUAAAGCCCCCACAACAUUACUCUGACUUUACAGAACUGCAAAAGCCUUCAACUUUUUGUCAGCAGCAGAGGCAGGAGAAUCUGAGGCAUCAAUACUCUUUUCCUCCCCCACCGUUUGAAAUUGUUAGUAAUGAGGCAAAUUUUCCACCUCCUCCUCCAUCUGUAACUUGGGGGUGGCCUCACGGGUGUAUUCAGAAUAUUUAUGAUCCGUUGUUGUCACUGCUUUCUCUGCCGCCACCACCUCCGCCGCCGCCACCACCACCUCCUCCGCCUCCAAUACCAUCUCGAUCAUCUGCUGCUCCUAACAGUGCUAAUCUUCUUUAAGUUAGGUGGUACUUCUGUCAUUUGAGGGAAAUGGAGAAUGUAAAAUUUUAUACAUGAGUGCUGUGUAUUCUUUUGUAUCUUCUUGUGAGGAGGGUGUCUCAAUUAUGUACAAAAAUAUACACUAUUUUGUAUGAAAUCCAAGUGUAUAACUUUUUUUACAACUGAUUACAAAUGUAGGAAUAGUGGCACAAAUUUUAUAGAGCAUACUUAAUUCUAAUGGAGAGAUUUAAACAUGACUAUAUUUCUGUCUUGAAUUCGUAUGAUCCAAGUUCUUGGAAAAAUAGUUUUUAUGAAUCAGUACAUUCUGUAGUAGCUGUUUUAAACUAAUAUAUGUAUUUGUCAACAUAAUAGAAGAAAACUGUGUUUGAGGAGUAUCUGUGGAUUAAAAAAGAUUGUCCAACCAAGAGUAAGUGAAAUAUGUUUAAAUUCUGAAUUAUAUGCUGAGUGUGUAGAACAACUUCAUUAUUCUAUGUCAACAAAUGUCAGUUCAUAAAACAAUAUUGCAUUUUCCAGCCAAGUUUAGUGGGCAAGUGCUUAAUUCUCCAAUUUUAAAUUGAAGGAUUUAGCAUGCUUUAUUUAGUACCCUAUAGAACAGUGAAGAUAAGCUCUGGUACUUCUUGAAAUGAGAUGUUUAUGUGGCUCAAUGCCUUACAGAGAUGAGACUCCUUUGUCAGGAGCUAUAAACAAAGAUAAAAAUAAUACUGAAGGACAACAUUGUUUUUAGGUCUUAACACAAAACCAUAUAAAAUUUUAAAAUAUGUACAUUCAAAUAUUACAAAUCAAUAAGAUAAAUUGUUGUACACUCUGUCAAACUAUGGAAACACUAUGGAAAUGUACACCUACAGACAACCAAAAAUUAGCACAAAAAAGUAACCUCCAUUCUUCUAAAUCUUGCAGAGUGUUCACUUCUAGUAUGAAUACACACUGUGGCUGAAUCCCCACAGAACCAUGCAAACACCCAUUUAGUACCCAAGCAGUUGUGUUUAAUGGCAAAAUUAGCUUGUUGACCUUUUUUCCUGGUAAUUAUAGAUUUGGUUGACCUUGUUGAGCUGCCACUUUUAUGACUAUAAGAGGCAUGGGAAGGUAUUAUACGGGUAGCUUAAAUAACCUUUAUGUACUAUAUUAUGAAGAUACAUAGCCAUAGCAAAACGUAGCUUUGUUAUUUGGGCUCAUGGAAGAAAGCUUUGUGUUCAGCUUACUAAUAAAGAUUACUAAUAAACUUUCAUUUCUGCUUCCAUAACCAAUAAUUACUUGAAAUUUUUGGAAAGUUUAAGUGCCUUAAUGUAAUUGAUCAAUGGCAAAAUGAAUAAUUAGAUCUUAAUUGCAACCUUUCUAUCUUGUGUAAAAUUGAAAUAAACACACAUUGUUCAAAUUA